ACGGAGUCUUUGAACCGGGGUUUUCGGAAUAUUCCGUGCCACACAAAGUCGUGUUUAUGGGACUACGGGACUUUAUGGGACUCUAUGCAACGUCCCCCUAGUCCCCUGAAUCUAAGAAUACUCCGCCUCAACUCGUCGUAUUGUUGACCUAUACUCUUUGAACCCCACGGUUAUCAAAGACUAUUCAGAACUUCUGGAAACGCACAGGGGCAUUAUAUUCCCCCCCUUCACUAUGUUACUCUACGCAGGACGGGUUUAGGGAUAGUAUGUAGCGAAUCAAAUUCGAUGUGAAUCACGCUUGGCAAGAUAGUCGACAUCUUCCUUUUUCAUAUCUUAUUAAUAUUCCUCCCUAUCAAUCUCCAAUUGCCCAACUACCGUCGGCCAUCUCUAGAUGACUACUUGCUUCUGCAUGGGUACCUACUUUAUCUAGCAUACAGAUGCGAAUUUAGGCUUUUACAAGAGCGAAUUUAGUCACAAAAAGGUAUCACGCGAGAUCAAAUGCCGAUCCCAAUGGCGUCGAGCGCACCAAGUUGGCCAGGCGUGCGUCCUGUCAAGACAUGCACAGAAUGCAAGCAAUCAAAGCUUCGAUGCGACUCCAAGGAUAGGUUUCCAAAUCCUUGUACAAGAUGUCAGGCAAGAAACCUUACUUGUACGGUUGAUCCGUCCUUUCGGAGAACGCCGGCUAGAAAACGGCUUGAGGCCAUGUCAAAAGAGCUACGAGAGCUUCGAGACCAGAGAAUAUCAGAAGCGCGCGCCGGUUCUACUACGAGCCCAGAUCCGGAUACUACACGAUCGCAAGAUUCAUCCAUCAAUGCAUCGCAGCCGUCCGUUACUAUUAUGAUGGACGACUUCGAACUGAUAGGCUUGGAAUCUUUCGAUCUUGGUGGCGUUAUAAUUGACAACCAGACAGCUAUCACGGCAUUCAAGCAUUUUACUGCCUACUUCCUCCCAAAUCUCCCAAUACUAGGACCGGUAUCGCUCAAAACCAUUCAUCAUUCUCACCCGUUCUUAUUCUGGACGAUAAUUGUUGUCGUCUCAUUACGUUUACCCGCAGGCUUAGAUGAGACCUUAUUCGAUCGACUCCAUGAGCCGUACAUGAGAAUGCUCAGGGAGGAAAUUCUGCGGGCUCCAAUGCCGCUAAGCAAGAUCCAAGCGCUUUUGAUUCUUUGCAUGUGGCCGCUACCAGUACCUCACCAAAGGGAUGACCCAAGCUGGCUAUACUGUGGGAUCGCAGUGAAUGCUGCCCUUUAUAUGAGUCUUCAUAGAUCGAGCCCAAGAUCAGGGGUUGUUCCUUCUCUACAUAGCGUUGGUCCCGUAGGUGGAAGCGCCCGCGAGAGAACAAACACAUGGUUGGGUUGCUUCUAUGUUAGCACAUCUCUUAGUAUGCAUCUCGGCCUUCCCCCGAUGAUCAAUACACCUUCCGACCUUGCUGCUAUCCGUACGACUCUCAGUGAAAAUACGCUUCCUCGCGAGUUCGCUGUUCAGCUUAGAGUGCUGCUCACUUUGGCGGGGUUUACCAAUGUCCUUGUACAUAAUGCGAACGACGGCGUAGUCGAUUCUUCGGUCAUUCAGCUUCUUGACGGCGAGCUAGAUACCCUAAAAAUAACCUUUCCUGAUGGAUGGACAAGCAUGACUGACCUUAGUGUCCUGGUCGUGAAAAUGCACAUUUACACUCUAGUGAUAACCCGGGCGCGAUCAGGUACCGGUGCGAAGGAGAUAUUACUCAAAUUAGGGCUGGCUACCGCUCUUCGCAUCAUUCACCUAGCAAACUCGCGGUUCCAUGAGAGACUAGAUAAGAAUCAAACAUUGACGACGGCGCAGCGCGAAAAGACGCUACCCAAAGAUUACUAUAGGGGUCUGGCUUUUGCGACUAUAUUUCUCCUCCGAUAUUUUAGUCUCAACAAUAAUGCCAACGCCGAAGAACAACAGUUAGCAGCAAAUCAUGUCAUCAUGGCUCAUACGAUAUUCAAAACACUAGCUACACGUCAUCGAGAUGAAUACGACAGGGCUGCUAGUCUAUUCGAAACCCUCUGCAAGCAAGCACCCGUCUCUGCCGAUACUAGCAGGCCCAAUCUUCCGGAUCGAAUGGGUGUAUCUAUAGUACUAGACGCAAUCGAUACAGCCCGCGAGCUACGCGGCUUUCCUAUAAAUCCUUCGGUACCCGAGAUCGCGGUUACUACAGAAGCUCUACCCAGCGAAGACAAUAUCCCACAAACGGAUGUCUUCACUACUAACCCUCAGGUGGAGGAGCCUUGGUCAUCGGAUCUUAUUUUCGCUAACAUGUUUUGGGGUGAUCCUUCGUGGGAUAUUUUCAAUCUUCCUCCUGACCCAUCAGAGUUCCAUUCAGGACAUGGGUUAUAGCGGUGGGUUACAGCGGGGUAGCAAUUGUAUAUAAAGGCAUCACAUAAAGAUUUACAUAGACAUGAUAACUUGAACAUAAUG